UUGAAUUUAAAUUAUAGAAAAUGGUCCGCUUCGAAGAAGCCUUGGAACGGGAACUCAAGAAUCCCAGAAGUAAAGGCUUUAUUAACCAGACCAAGCUCUCUAUGAAUUACCAACAGAUCUCCUGAAUUGCUCCGUUUAAGUACCUAAUCAAUGCCGAAAAGGAAGGGUUUAAAAAGAGUUCAGAGUUGACACGGAGAUAUAUUUCCCUCAGUUAUUUUUCGACAGUCAGGAAAUUGUUUCUCAGCCAUAAUAACUUAAGAAGUUUGGAAGGACUGGAGUAUUUCACCAGUCUGACACAUCUAUCAAUAUCCUAUAAUAAGAUAUACGAUAUGGAAGAGCUCCAACAUGUGCCCACUCUAGAGAGACUAGAAAGCUUGUCUAUAGAAGGAAAUUUCUUUGCUAAGCAUCCAGGAAUUAUUUAUUCUUUAAGUAAUGACUUAAAGAUUCUUGAUGGAAAGCCCAUUGGACAGAACAAUUAUUUUAAAGAGAUGCUAUAUUUACGUAAAAUUAUGAUCCCCUUGUGGUAUAAGCUUGAGAAAGCUCAAGUUGUUGCUGAAGAAGAACUGAGGCAAAUUAAGGCUUUGAUCAGUGAAGGAACUAUCUUAGAAAAGGACAUCGGCAAAAAUAGGAAAGAAAUCAUAGAUUUGCAGCAGUUCUAUCAUAAAAGUGAUACCAACCUUAAGUCUCUUCUGAAGACAUGCAAGGGUCUAUAUAUCCAUUACAAGCAUCAUAGUUUUGAUGUAGACAAAAGGAGUGAAUUAUUCAUUCUGUUCAAGGAUAUUUUCCAAGAAAUAGUUCUUUCUUUGAACCAAAUGAAGACAACAGAGAUGAUUCAGUACAUCAAUUAUGCAAUUCUUCGUGAUAACGAUGAUCUCUUUGAGUAUCUUAAGCAAAAAGUACUAAAGGAAGACCUUAAAGCUAAGAGAGUAACUAACGCAAAUGUUGAUCAAGUGGUUGAUCUCUGUAUCAGUCAUCUUCAGAGUGACGAUAAUGUUAAUUAUUCUGUACUCGUUAUAGAACAACUAAAGCAGUUCUAUAACCUCCAGCCCAAUCAAGUCAGUCUGUGGGAUGAGAGCCUCAGAUUUUAUGAGGAUGACGACAUCUCAGAAGAAAAUUCAUUACUACAGUCUGAACUCCAGGAACUUGAAGAAAGAUGCAAAGGAUAUGAUAGUUUCCAGAGCGGACAAUCUGAAGGCCCUUUUGUAGAUUCUUGAGAUAAAGAAAUCAUUCCUCAGCCUAGUUAUAACGGAGAGUAUGACAAUAAAAAGAAUAGACUGAAGCUGGAUAUCAUGGAUUUACAGGAGGAACCAAAUGAGUCUGAUUCUGAAGAAGAACAAGCAAGGCAAAAUGAAUUUCUAGAGAAGAAGGAUGAAAUCAAAAGGAAAAUGCAGAAAGAUAAAUUCAAACGAUUUUUGGUCGACUAUAGCCAUAACUUUGACAUGAGAGAUGAUUACAAACGUUUCUUUAGGAAAGAUAACUUUGAUUAUGAAUCUGACGAUAUUUUUAACCAGACACUGUAUGAAUUUCCUGUUUUUGGGUGUAAUGAAGCAUAUUGUAGAGCUUUAUCAAAUAUCAUAUCCAUCAAAGUCAAGCAGAUUUAUAAUCUUAAAAAGAAGGGUAUUGAUAUACUAGACAGAACUAUUGGAGAACAAAACCAUCCAAGACCAAUCUGCAAUGAUUUGAUGCAGAGGGAUGACUUAGAAGAAUUUCAGACGAUUGGGACUCUUGAAAGAGAAAUUCCCAUCAAGCCAAAGCCCAAUAAAGGGCUAACUUAUCGCCAAAGAGCUCAAGUAGAGGAAGAAGUAAAGAAAUUGAAAAGACCUGAAUACAAAACAAAUCUGAAGAAGUUUGAGGAAGUAUAUCUGAUUCCACAAUCUAACAAUAAACAAGUUAAUGUAUCAGACACUAGUUAUUAUGAAAGUAAGAGAAAUGCGAAGAAAGUGCUAAACAAGAUGUGUAAAACGUUUACUAAAUACAAUAAUAGAUUAUCAAAAUGAAAGUCUUUCCUUGCUCUUAAGCUCAACGCUGCUAAGCCUAAAGCUGCCAGUAUGCUGCAUGACUCACUAAGCAGAAUUUUCCAAUAUGGAUACUGAACUACAAUCCACAAAGAGAGUUUUAUUGAUUCUUUGAAAGAGAUUUGCCAACAAAGAGUCGAAGAUGAGCAUGAAUACCUCAAUGAGGCAAAAUCUCUUAAAGAGCAGAGGCUUAAACAAAGAAGUUUUGGAGCUCUCAGAACUUUCUCAGAAGUAAUGCAACAGCAAGUUGAGAAAUACCACCAAUUCUACUGAGAAAAUUUAAAAAUCAAGUCUUUCUUCACUCUUCUCAGAUAUGCAAGGAAAAAGAAGAAAAUGAGAGAAGAGUAUCUUAGAGAAGUUGAACAGUCCAAUAGUUUCAUUUUAGAGAGAUUCUUUAAACUUUGGAGGAAAGCUUAUAAACAUAGAAUGAAUCAGCUUGAAAAUAAGAGAUGAUUCAAAGUCAAAUUCAGUGAUUACUGAAAGUGAAAAGAUUGCAUGAUAGAGCAAAGAGCUUGUGAUAUCAAGCCUGAGUUUGAUAAAUUCACAAGUAAUCCCUACCCCAAAGUUAGCACUUUGUUAAAUACUUCAAAAGAGCAAGAAGAAGAGUCUGAGUUUUUGAAUAUAUCUAAAUCGAGUCAUCCCUUUGCUAAAUAUGCAAAUCCCUCUUCGAGAGCAGAUAUCAAGCCAGUUUUUGAUGAUUCCAGAGAGGUAGUGAAGACUGAUUGAACUAUCCGAACACUCAAUGAAAAUGAGAAUGUCUAUAAUCCUUUUAACAAAUUCAGUGUUAAAGACACUCUUAGUACCGACAGCCCAAAGACCAUAAGGCAGACUAAUAAUGACGGGAAUAAGAGUAUGAACACAGACACCAUGAAUAUUGUGACUAACCCUUAUUACUUGAACAAUUCAAACAAAGUUGAUAGUAUAAAGGACUCCCAGAAAUAUCAUAGAUUUUUAGAAGUUGAUAGUUCAAGCCAAAAGAUGCAUCCUCAUAGCUCUACUAAUAGAUAUGAAUCAGGGCUUAUUUCAAAAUUAAAUAAGAUAGAGGAGGAUCCUAAGAAGAAGACUCAGAGGUUCCAUCGACCAAACAUCCCUAAAGGAGGAUCGUCAAAGACUUCGACAGUAAGGUUUUGCUCAAGCAAAAAGAAGAAAUCUAAACAAAAGAGAUUUUCAAAGGCUAAAUCUCAGGUUGAGAAAGGGACUAAUUUUACUAACAAACUUAUUAAAUCUAUUGAGUCUAUCGAGAUGAGCUCGAAGAUGCUGAAUGAUACUUCUCCGUACAGAGAAAUUGACAGAUUUGUGCUAGCUCAAAGAACUCAGAACUUGUUAGGCAAAUAUGAGAAGGAAAAUGACAAUAAAAGAAUACUUAGCCCUGAGGAGAAGGCUCUUCUCAAACAAAGAGCUCUCUCUAGUGGUGAUGGUCAAGUUAAUUUCUUAAGGGAUAAUGGGAUAGGGUCUUUGACUCCAAGUUCAUUGAUAGAUUCUUCAACAAUUUGUAAGCCUCUGAUGCCCGUCUUUAAGGGUAUGUCUAAUCAGAAGAAUGACAGCUCAGUUCUUGAUUAUGAAGACCAGAGUGCGACAGAAAAAGGAGGCGGUGCUAUCAUCGUUGAGCAGCCUCCCCCAAAGGUGACUGUUAGAGAUUCCUCAAGAAAAUCGAGUAAAUCAAAAAGCCGCAAAAGCACUAAAAGUCCUAAUUCAAAGACAAAGACUAGAUCAAGGCAGAAAAAGAACAAAUCCGUUUGGAAUAACUCAAUCACAGAUCCAGAAGUGAGGAAGCCAUCAUUUAGAAGAAAGACAGUGAGUUUUACUGCUAAAACCAUAAAAUAAUUCAAAUUUAAUUUUUGAC